AUGAUUAAACCCAGCUCUGCCACCGCCUUUAUUCUGCUCUUGAGCCUAAUGGCUUUAAGCACAGCUGAGCCACUGCGUCGGAGAUUCUCCGCUCGACAGGUAGAGGCUCAGGCUCCGGCCAGUCCAACUCCUACAGGGUAUCCAGAGGCGGGCGUUACACCCGAGGUUCCGUUCGAUCUUCCCAGCUCUACCGCCAAGCCGGAUGUGACUUAUCUGCCUCCAGAUAAUACCUAUGGCCCUCCGGAUAACACAUAUGGCCCUCCGGAUAAUACCUACGGACCACCGGCUACUGCAGAUGUGGAGCCCGGACAGGAGCCGCAGCCCGAAGAUCAGCCAGAGUACCCCAUCGAAACCGAUGACAUUCCUCCUGUCGACGAUGAGGCUUUGGGAGAUGCCAAGCAGCAACCAGCAGAGGAUGAAGAGGAGGAGGUCCUGGUUCAAGUGUCCGAUGAUGGCACUGUCAUUGCUGUCUCCUCGUCUCUCGAUCAGCCACAGUCUGUCCAGUCGGCACGACUCUACCAGCGCUUUCCACAGGGUCGCCGCCGUGAGCAACCUGUUCCCCAAAGAUUAAUCCUUCGUCGCAGUUGGUGAAACCUUUCAACAUUUCAGAGUUACAAUACAUAUUAUAAAGAAUACUGCUUCUUCUGCUACCACUAUGCU